AUGAGCCGCCGCGACCGCGACCCCCGGGCGUCGCCGCCCCUCACCGCGGCCCCGGGGCGGUUGGCGGCGGCGGCGGCGGCGCGGGGCGCGGAGCGGGAGGAACUGGCGGCGCUGAACGAUCGUUUCGCCGCUUUCCUGGAGCGGGUGCGGGCGCUGGAGCGGCAGAACGGGACCCUCCGCGCCGCCCUGGGCCGCGCCGCCGCCGCCACCGGGCCCCGCACCGGGCUGGUGCAGGGGGAGCUGCGGGGGCUGCGGGAGCGGCUGGAGCGCCUCGGCCGCGACCGGGACCGGCUCCAGGCCGAGCGGGACGGGCUCGCCACCGACCUGGCGGCCCUGCGGCAGCGGCUGGAAGAUGAGACACAGAAGCGCGAGGAUGCAGAGAAGACCCUGGUGCUGUUCCGCAAGGACUUGGACCACGCCACGCUGUCCCGCCUGGAGCUGGAGCGCAGGGUCGAGCUGCUCAUGGACGAGAUCGGCUUCCUCAAGAAGCUGCACGAGGAGGAGCUGCGGGACCUGGAGGUGAGCGCCCCGAGCCCGGCGGGGCCGGCGGAGGUGGAGGUUUGCAAACCGGAGCUGACGGCGGCGCUGCGAGAGAUCCGCACCCAGUACGAGAGCAUCGCCGUCAAGAACCUGCAGGAGGCCGAGGAGUGGUACAAGUCGAAGUUCGCCGACCUGUCGGACGCGGCCAACCGCAACCACGAGGCCCUGCGCCUGGCCAAGCAGGAGAUGAACGAGUCCCGGCGGCACAUCCAGAGCCUGACCUGCGAGGUGGACGGGCUGAAGGGCAUGAACGAGGCGCUGCAGCGGCAGAUGCGGGAGAUGGAGGACGAGUUCGGGGAGGAGAUCGGGAACUACCAGGACGCGGUGGGGCGGCUGGAGCAGGAGAUCCAGCAGAUGAAGGAGGAGAUGGCGCGGCACCUGCGCGAGUACCAGGACCUGCUCAACGUCAAGAUGGCCCUGGACAUCGAGAUCGCCACGUACCGCAAGCUGCUGGAGGGCGAGGAGAGCAGGAUCACUGUCCCCCUGCACCCAACCACCUCCUUCAGCGUGAGAAGCUCAGUGCUGGAGCCGCAGCCCGUGGAGAUCCCGGCACGAAGGACGGUGCUCAUCAAAACCAUCGAGACCCGGGACGGGCAGGUGAG